AUGCUCUUCCUCCUCUUCCUCACCUCCGUCGAGGCCCUACACAAUGGCCUCUCUCGCACCCCAGCAAUGGGAUGGAACAACUGGAACUCGCUCUACUGCGACGUUUCCGAGAGUCUCCUUCUCGACACCUCGCAGAUCUUAAUUGACUCCGGCCUCCGCGAUGUAGGAUACCAAUACGUCGUGCUGGACGACUGCUGGUCCGACGGCCGCGACGAAGCAGGUCGCUGGCGCGCCGAUGCAGACAAAUUCCCGCACGGCAUGAAAUACAUUUCCGACUCGCUGCAUGCCCGCGGUCUGCUGUACGGCAUGUACUCUAGUGCAGGAGAGCUGACGUGUGGCCGAUACGCUGGCUCCCUUGACCAUGAGAAAGAAGACGCCCAAAGUCUGGCCGACUGGGGCGUGGAUUACUUCAAAUACGACAACUGCUAUAACCUCGGCCGCAUGGGCACGGCAAAACUGUCGUUUGAUCGAUACAAUACCAUGGCGCAGGCUUUGCUCGACACCGGCCGAGAGAUCGUCUACAGUAUUUGCAACUGGGGGGAGGAUUACGUCCAUUCAUGGGGCAUGUCGAUUGCCAAUUCAUGGCGCAUCUCAGGCGACAUCUACGACUCCUUCGCCCGCCCAGACCCCAUCUGCAGCUGCACCGAUGAACGCGAUCCGCACUGCAUUGCCCCCGGAUCCGCCUGCUCGGUCCUGUUCAUCCUGAACCGUGUCGCGGCAUACUCGGACCGUGGACGCCCGGGGGCAUGGAACGAUCUCGACAUGUUGGAGGUUGGCCAGGGGGGGAUGACGGAUGAGGAGUAUAAAGCACAUUUCUCCAUGUGGGCAAUGGUCAAAUCGCCCCUCCUGCUCGGGCAUGAUCUCCGCACCAUGACCGCCAAAACACUCAGCAUCAUCAACAACCCGGCCAUCAUCGCUCUGAACCAGGACCCGCUGGGAUCGCCUGCUAUCCGGAUCGCGCGCAACGAAUCCGUCCCCAAAGACGGGUUCGGCGUCGGUGAGACGCACGUCUGGUCCGGCACCCUCGCCAACGGCGACCAGGUCGUCGCCCUGCUCAACGCCGCCGACGCAGAUCUCCCCAUCUCCAUCUCGCUGGAGGAGAUCUUUGUGCGAGCCGGUCCCGGUGGACGAGCCGCCCAGACGAAACAGGAGUGGCUUGUUUAUGAUCUGUGGGCGAACCGGAUGAGCGAGACGCAUGCGCACGCAAUUCUCGACGCCGCGGAUGACGCUGCACGAGAGGCUGUCUUCCGGUCGGUCAACUGGUAUAAUGCCACAGAGCUUCCCUAUGUGCAGGGUCUAAAGGCUGGAGAUACCCGUCUGCUGGGUGAGAAGAUUGGCUCGGUGCUCGCGGGGGGGAAGCUGGAGGCUCUUGUCGCUCGCCACAGUGCGAAGAUCUUCCGUCUGCGGCCGGCCAGUGGCGAGGUCGUCAAGCCGUACAUCCUAGGAAAGGAUGAACUGUAG